AAGCUUUACAGUCAGCAUUAAAUUGCCUAAACUCAAUCUCGGUGAACAAAAUUCAAAUUCCGUUGCUUACUGUUUUGUUUACUACUUCUUGUUUAUAUUUUUAUCUGCAAUGAGGGUGUGCAUAUGAUGUUUUAUGGCAAGAAAAUCGCUGUGUUUUAUUACCAUUGUAGUGGGAUAUUGCAUCAACGAAUGGGAGCGAAAUUUAGCUGUUUAGCUGGAUCAUGGUUGAUGGGAAGACUUCUUCAUCAAGUGGUAUUAGUGCUUCUGAUCCUACCGAAAAUACAAAUUUGCUGGAAUUCUACAAAAGAAAAUUUGAUGAAUAUCAGAAGAAGGAUGAUAAAUUCAAAGAGAAAGUUGAUAAGCACUUGAAAGAUCUUAUUGCUGAUAGGCAUGAACUUGAAGCUGAAGUUUUAAGAAGAGGGGAGAAAAUAUCUGACCUUCAGAAAGCUUUAGUUGAGCUCCAGCUCAGUUGCUUUGAAGAACGGGAGCGUGUUUUAAAAUUAUCUACUGAAAAUGAAGAAUUAAAGAAAAGAGAGACAAAGCUGCAUGAAGACAUUCGACAGCUUCUAAAAGUGACUAAGGAUCAAAAUAUCCGUGAUAAAAUUAUUUAUAUUCUCAAAGAACCUAGAGUGGAAAUUGGUUAUGCAUAUUCUGGGGCUAAACAUAAAAAUACAUCUGCUUGGGAAGAAGGAAAAGCUAGUGGCAGUUUAUUAAACUGUGAGAAGCUAACCUCCAAAUAUGAUGAGUUAAAUAAAGAUGAUGUCAGUGUUUCCAAUACACGGAGAAAGCAUUCCAGUCUUGAAAAUGAUCUUCAGACAUUGGGCACUGCAGUUCAGUCUCUGCAGUCUGAGUUGGAUAACUACCGCAAAGUUUCUAAGAACAAGGCUGAUAUUAUUGUUAAUGAAUGUAAAAGUACUCUAGAGAAAUCUAGAGAUAAAAUUUUGGAAUAUGAUGUGAAAAAUAAAGAGCUACAAAAGAGGCUGCAGAAGAUUAAUGGUGAAUUUCUUAAUGAUAAAGAAGAAACUUCUCCAAAAUUUCAAGCAAGAAGUUUUAAAAGUAGUAGGCAAAUUCCUGCUAAAAGUUCAAGUAGCUUGGAAAAUGAAAAAUUUGAUUUUUCUGCAUAUUCAAAAGGUGUUUCAUCAGAUUUAAAAGAUUUGCAUUUAUCAUUUAUUUUAUUAUCCAAAAUUAUAUCUAAGGAACUGUCUAUUCUAAAGAAUAUGCAAUGUUGCCAGAGUUUUCAGCAAAUUGUUAAUUUGCCAAUAAUUUCUGAUAGUCCAAAAUUUGUCAGUGAGACAGAUACUAUUCAGCUGAAAAACUAUGUAAAACAGGCUACACGUUUAAGUUAUGAUAUUAAAAGUAUAUGGAAAGCUUUGAAUAAAACAAUACUGUUUAAAGCAACAAAAUCUGCUCCGAAUUUGCGAAGAACAUUUGGUAUAGCCAUUUCAGAUUCUGAGUAUAAAAACCUGGAAAACUUAAUUAGUGAACUUUCUGUGAAUACUGCUGAAACAUAUUUGGUGAUUCUCAGUAUGGUUCGUUCAUCUUUUUUUGAUUUCUUAUGUGGAUCAAAGGUUCUUUUUGAGAAAUAUGGCUUUAAGGAAACUCUCAAUAGUUCUAAGCAUAGUUCUGACUGCAAAAGGCUUGAAAAUUUUCUAGAAUCAGCAAUUAAUUUAAUUUCAAAAGCAACUUUAGUAACUGAAAAAUUAGUCAAACAGUAUGCAGAUGAAUCCUUAGAAUUUCCGCGACCAGAAACAGAAAGUGUAACGAAAAAUAAACAAACUACUUCUGGAGCUGAUAUUACUCAUGCCAAGACUCUAUCUGGAAGAUCUGGAACUUUUGAUCACAUUUUAACUGAUGAACAUUUAUCUAAAAGAAUUUCAGAUACUGAUGAGAAAAAACAAUCCAAGGAGGAGUUGCCAUUUGAAAUAUCAAGAAAAGCUUAUUCAUCUGUGUUUGAUGAUAAAUAUCCAAAAUCUGGAGACAGAUACUCAAGUGAAGAUUUAAAAAUGAAAAGUGUUCAAACUGAAGAAAUUUUUGAUGCAAAUUCUGUUAUACGAAAUAUUGAUAAAACUGUUUCAAAGAUCAAAGAAAUUGAAAAUGGGGAUUAUUUGAAAGACCAAGUACUUUGCAAACACAUAGAAUUAAAACUUAAAGAUCUGAGCAAAAAACUAGAGGAACUGCACGAAGAAUAUAAUAUGAAGCAUAUACAAGAUCAGUUUUCUGAGUAUUCUUCAUUAGCUCUUAGUAAACUGGAAACUUUAGCAAAACAAAGCAGAAACUCAGUGAUUGCUGCAGAAGUGCAAAUUUCGGCUCAUAGGUCUAAUGCUAAAUUUUUAUCUGAGAAGCUUCAAGAAACUGAAGAAUUGCUUCGAGAGAGUAUUAAUGAAUGUCUAUCUCUGAAACAAAAACUGAGGCAAGAAGAAGUUCAGAGAGAAACAGAUAAAGCUAAUUGGUUUGCUGAUUUGUCAAGAAAGUUAGAUAAAGUUUCAGAUUUUGAUGAUUUGGAAGCUGCUGUUAAAGAAAUGCUCACUACUGUUGAUGCAAACAAAGAUAAAGUCAAAUCUGUUAGUACAUAUGAAUGCAAAUAUUGUACACAAGGGCUGGGGCAUAAAUUAUGUGAAGAAAAGCUGAAAGACUUGCGAGCAAAUAAUCGGAAAUUAACUACAGAGUUAAAACUUAUGGAGCAAGAACUGAAAGAAAUAAGAAAUAUUUCAAAACUCAGUAGGCAGCAGGCUGAAAGUGCUACUUCUACUUUAGGAAAGGAGAGAGAAAAUUUAAAAGAAACAUUACAAUCAUUAGAGUCUAGAAAUGCCUCGCUUACUGAACAACUGAAACUAGAAAAAAAGCGUUUGAAAAAUUUGGAAAGAUUUCGUCGCUUAGAAAUAUCUGGCUUCCAGACAGAUAUUAAAAAUUUAAAGUCUCGCAUUGAGGACAUGGAAAAGCAAUUAAUGAAAGCUGUUCUGAUAUUUGAACAUGAUAAGAAAGACUUGGAACUUCUAAAAGCAGUGCAUGAGACUGCCCAACAUUCACAGCAGACUGCAGGAGCCUUAAAACGGUUAAAAGCUAAAUUAUAUGAACUUGAAACUGAUAUAAAGAAUUUAUGAUAUUUUAUUUUUUUAAAUAUUACUAGGACAUUCGGUUUAUAUUAUAUAGUUACAAAUUUAUUGAAUGUAAAUAUAUUUGUUGUAUAUGAAACUGAUGUCCAUUGAGGCUCUUAUCUAUGUUGUAUAAAUGUACAAAGCAUACUUUUUUAAGUAAUUAAUGCAUAUAAAAUUUUUAUGUGUUUAACCAAGGAAAAUGAUGUACAGAAUGUGAUUUUAUCUCAGUUUUAUACUGUAAAUUUUUGUAUAUAUAUUUUUAAUCAAAUCAACCAGCUUUGUACAUAAUUGUAAUUUUACCUUAUUUAAAAAUGUUAAUUACAGAUAUCAGCGCUGCUAUAACAAAAACAACAAAAGUGGGGUUUUUUGGGGGGAAAGCAGAUUCUUUUUUUUAGAGAAAGUAAACUAAGAGUGAUUUUAAAAAAUUGCUUCCCCCCCCCUUAAAAUUUAUAAUUUUUAUAGAUGCAUGAUGGUAUGAGCUUAUGAAUUUUAUUAAUUCUGUUAGCAUGAAUUUUUAAUGAAAACUUUACAAGAAUUAAGUUAAACGGCUAAGUUUAGUGGAAUGAGAUCUGAUAAUUAUAUAUACUUGGAUUUAUGUUAUAUUCUGGUGAAAAAAUAUGUAAUUUAUUUUUUGUAAAUGACUUGAUAAUAAAUUUCUUUGAUGUUUU